AUGAAUAACAGGUUCGGGUCCCAGAUCAGUACCUACAAUAGGCUGGUGACAGUCUUUGUAGCCAUUGGUUCUAUGACGUAUGGCUACUGUGCUUCGAUCAUCGGUAGCACUAUCGGCCAGCCAGGAUGGUAUACCUACUUUAAUUUGCCUACUGUGGAUGAACCUGGCUAUGCUUCGAUUACGACACCCGCCAUCUCGACGGCCAACGGUGUCUUCAGUGGCGGUGGAGCGGUCGGCACUUUGUUCAUUAUGUGGGCAUGCGACCAAUUUGGUCGGAAGGUCUGUAUUCAACUGGGCGCGUUUUUCGCAAUGUUUGGUGGAGCUCUCCAAGCCGGUGCAAACUCUCUAGAUAUGUUCCAAGCCGGCCGGUUCUUGUGUGGUCUUGGAAUCGGAAUCCUAGUUACUGUUUGCCCGAUGUACCUUUCGGAGAUGUCCAGCCCUUUACGCCGAGGCUGGUUGGUUGGGCACCAUGCGAUAUUCCUCGUGUUCGGAUACAUGCUUGCAGGAUGGGUGGGAUUUGCAUGCUUUUAUGCUGGGAACAUCCCCGCGUUUGGCUGGCGAUUCCCUCUGGCUCUUCAAUGUCUCCCGCCAUUGGUUCUUCUUGCUGGCUCGCCCUGGCUUCCUCGCUCGCCUCGUUGGUUGAUUUCUAAGGGCAAGCUUGACGAGGCUCAGCAUGUGCUUCAGCGUCUCCGCGAGUCUCCCGAGGACCCUGACAACCUUGCCGCGAAGGAAGAGUUUUUCCAGACUAAGGAGCAGAUUAGACUUGAGGCUAAAAAGAUGACCGAGUAUGGAAGUCCAUGGUUGGCUGUCAUUAGGAAGAAAUCAUACCGGAAGCGCAUGAUUAUUGGUUUCCUUACGCAGUGGGGAGCAGAGUUUGGUGGCCCUCUCAUCAUUAACAAUUAUGCUGUUCUGUUGUACACAAACCUCGGGAUGAAGGACGGCAUGCCUUUGCUGCUGAGCGCUAUUUGGUUGACCACGGCUGGUCUGAUCUAUAAUCCUCUGGGUGCUUGGCUCCAUGACAGAGUCAACUCUCGUCGAGGCAUGUACAUAACUGGCUUUGUCGGUAUUAUCGUUACCACAUCGUGUCUCGCUGCUAUGACUUCUGAGUAUGUCGGCACCACCAACAGGGUUGGAAAUGCCUUUGGCAUUUUGUUCAUCUACCUUUACUUGGCUUUCCAAGGUACGUUUUGUGACACAACAAUGUAUCUCUACGUCUCGGAGAUUUUCCCAACAGAGAUCCGUCCAAUUGGCAUGGGAUUCUCGUUGUUCGGCCAGUUUGCUUCAACACUUAUUCUCCUCGAGACCGCUCCUAUGGGCUUCAACAACGCUGGGUGGAAAUAUUAUCUUGUCAUCAUCUGCUGGUCGGUAGUCUUCAUUCCAGUCAUCUACUUCUUCUUCCCGGAGACUGCACGUUUGACCCUGGAAGAAAUUGCCCAAAACUUCGGCGAAGAAGUUGCUGUUCAUCUGACAGAUACUACCGAUGAAGAAAAGGCCAAGCUUGAUGAGAAGCUUGCUCAUUCCAGUGGUGCUAUGUUUGAAUCCUCGAAAACAUCAAAAUCUCCUCAUCAUGGAGAGGAGGCAGCGACUGCUCCAGUACCUGAAGCCGAGAGUAAGGAC